UGGCAUGGUGUUUGUGUAUUAUCACGGAAUACGUGUUGCUGUUGUGUGUGUUAUCCAUAUCCAUGUUAUGUUUUCCAACUGCAGUAGUGUUAUCAUUUCGAAGAAUGUGCGCUGUUAUUUGGUGUUCCCAUCGAUAAUUUUCGGAGAGGAAUUUUUCUAUAGCAUUUCGUCUAGCAGGAGAUCGCAAAAUGGCAUCGAUUAUCAAAAAUCAAAUCCUGAAACAUCUAUCCAGGUUCACCAAAAACUUGUCGGCCAACAAUAUUCACUUGGACACGUUUAAAGGCGAGGGUACGUUGAAAUGUUUGGAGUUGGAUGAGAAUGUGUUGACAGAGCUUCUAGAAUUACCAGUUUGGAUGAAGCUAACCAAUGCGUGGUGUAAUUCAGUAGCUUUCUCGGUUCAAUGGACGAAACUCAAGAGUGUUCCUAUUCAUUUGACGCUCGAUCAGGUUACAAUAGAAAUCGAAACCUGCGAAGAACUACGCUCAGCCUCUGUGCAAGGCCUCUCCAGUUACAUGCAAGCCCCUGGCAAAUAUAGUUUCAUUCACAAAGUCAUUGAUGGCAUAUCUAUUGCUGUCAAUACCACGGAAAUUAUUUUUCGUAGUCCCGCCUUUGUUGCUUCUGUCACUAUGUUGAAAAUUUUAGUUGAAUCGAAGACACCGGAAUGGAAAAAAGAUGACCUGCAAAAAACAAGACUGAAAGAUGUGGAUAGAGGGCAAAUACUAAUAUUUAAAGAGCUUCAAUGGCAAAAUGUCCGAAUUGAAGCAAAAUCCAUCACAGAAAAAGACCUCCCUCCACUAAGACUGAUCACUGACAAAGCCUCCUGUAGAAUAACAAUCAAGAAAAGAUUGGCCGAUUGUUUUGUAGUGGGCUCUAGGCUAGUUUUAAAUUUAGACACUGCUCUCUGGGUAUUGACAGACUCUCAACUGAAAGCUGCGCUCCACUUUUUAGAUUCUCUGUCAGGAUUAAUACAGAAAUCAUCUGAAGUGACAAGGAAAAAAACAGCCGCUCGUAAACUUGAAGAGUUACCAGAAUACCGGGCCCAACUUGCUCAACAGGCAAGAGUGGACACUACCUCUAAUACCAAGUCGAUGUAUUUCGCCAGGCAUGAUGUGAUCGAAACCUCCUACCAUUUUCUGUCAAACAAUAUUGACUUCCAUCUGAGUGACGAUCCAGAUGGCCUUAGUCAUCCAGAUCUGAAAGGAGGAGGCUCGCUGCAAGUCAACCUCAUUGGUUUCAAGGUGGAUUUUUAUCCGUACCAUUUGGCUGUCGGUGACCGGAAACAUUGGCCAAAAUACAAUGAAGGGGACUCGCCUCAUACUCAGUGGCUCAACUCAGCUUUGACUGGUUUCAAAUCCGCUUUGUUAGACAUCAUUGAAUCGCCCAAAAAUCAUCAUUCCCCGUUAGAGAGAACAUCAAAUAACAUCCCGCCGGUGACAAAGAGUUUCACAAGUUCCCUGCUGAGAUGGCAACUGUACAUGUAGAAUUCACGUACUUCUACUAUCCUGGUGAUAUUGCAUUUCCUUUACCAUCUCCGAAGUUUUAUGUCCACGCCAACCCGAUCUGCGUAUAUUUCGAUGUACUUACAGUCAUUUGGCUCAACACAUUUUUCUUGAAUCUGCAUCAGUCCUUACUGACGACUGAAACCGCAAAUCAAGAAAGCGCAGCUGCCUUAAUAUAUUUUGAUGUCAUCGUUGAAGCCAUCAUGGCAAGGAUGGUGUUCGAAAGUUCGCAAGAAACGUCCGGCCAACGAGAUCGACCCAAAUCACUGCAUUUCCAUGUUAGUCGGCUUUCGCUGACUAACAACCGCUCGCCAGACUACGGCAGCGCUCGAGCUGAUCUUGCCAAGUGUAUUCACACGUACCAGUUAGGCUCUUUGUUCUAUGGUGUAGAUUUUCCGUCCUCGGCCACAGACUUUCACAUAAUAACUGAAAAGUUCUUGGACCAUGUAGAAUGUAAAGACAAUGUUAGAGAGCCACCCCAAUUAGCUACCAAAAGUGAUUCAAUUGAGGAUAUCCUCCAAGUUUUAAAGCAAGAUUUGUUGUGGACUGAAGCGAAAGAUGUGUGGUGUGUGAGGUUAGACCCUGUUUGGGGCGACUUCUACGGUGUUCGAGCGAUUGGAGUGAACAAACCUGUGCCUUUCCUAGAUGCUGUACCAGUAACAUUAUGGGUGCAUACCAAAUCUCUUCUUCCUCAAAAUGGGCCGGUCAGCAGUAGCUCCGAAGACCGGAUAGCUGAUAUUCAUGCAAUGGCAUGCGUAUCUAGUUUGGUUAGCGUUCAAAUUAACCACUAUCAACUUUUGUUCCUCAUGAGAUUAGCGGAAGAUUUUGGAGAGUUAACAACUUUUCUAGCUAUAGAUACUAAAAGAAUCACCAAUGAGGCAGGAUCAAUUAUCAUGGGCGCAAUUCUACCGCAACUGGAAGUAACGUUCGUUAUGCAGUCGCAGCAACCUGGUAAAGAAUCCACCUCUGGCGGUGAUCUAGAAUCAUCAGUUGUUCCAGACUCGUCAAGUCUUGUUGAUGAUGGAACGGCGGUCUCUAGUAGCACCGCCAAUGUUCAUUGGAACAGUUUUCAUAACAAUACUCAGGUUAACGGAUUCUCAAGAGACUUCGACCUGAAGCUAGGUUACUCCAAAGACAAAGUCAGUUCUGACUUCCAGCCGUCCAGAUUAGAAGAAAUAUCGAAUUUAGUAAAGGAAGUAACUUCUUCGAGGGAACCGACUAAGAAUAUUUUGAAGAAGCAAGGGAGCUCAUUUUUCUCGACGCCCGUGAAAAGCGGAGAUUCGCCAGGCACCAAGAAGAACCUGAUGAGCGACAACAACAUUUCCAAAAAAUGGAGUAAUCUCAUGGAAAGUUUCAAACAAACGCCAAUUGAGGAUUUGAGUGACUCAGUGUCAAUCAGGUCCGAUAGUGAUAAUUCAGACAGUUACAUUUUCUUGAAAGCGAAUGACAAAGAUGGUUUUGCUGAUGACCAGUUCAACUUCGGAGCUGACUGUAAAGUAGAAGUGGCUUGUGAAGCCCUGGAUGACGAUGAUGACAUCACGCCUCUCACAACGCCGCCUAGUGAAAGAGAUUCGUUAGCAAGCUCGUACAAACGCAAAGAUUUGAUUUCUGUCGCAACGUUUAAAUUAGGUGAAGUCGAAUUUCUCCAGCAAUCUGAAGGCUUCCAUUCAGCAAUAAAAAUUCAAGUCACAAACAUAGCAGUUGAUGAGUGCCCGUCUAUUCCUUGGGAUGAAUUUCAGGUCAAAUUCAAGAAUAAAUUCACCACCAGAUCGCGAGAUUGGAUUGAAAUUGAGCGGCAACCUGGUGGACAACCAUGUGUCAAGCUCCGAUUGAAUCAUGAGAUUAAAAGACAUAAUAUCGAAAAGUGGUCGAAAAGCUUGGCGCAUCAGUGGGCCAGUGACUACCUCAUUCUCAGACUGACGAAUAUCAAUCUCACCAUUUCAGCUUCGACGUUGGCUGGCAUUAGUGAUGUCGUCGAAGAUGAAGUCGUUCCUCAACCUCUUCCUCUGGAAUUGGACAUUGAGAAUAUCAAACUUCACCUCAUAGAAGAAAGGGCACUCAGCAAUAUUUCGUCCCCAGAGCCUGUCCCUGUGGACCUAUUAGUUUGUCGCUUGAGGAUUCGCAGAGGAGCUGACGGCAUGUUUUGCAUCGAACCGUUUGAUGCAAAGAACUGCACCAAGAUUUUGAACAGUGCAUCAACGCUAUCGAACAGUCUGAGCGAUGAAAACAUGGCUAAAAUGUCUGAAAUGAAACGCGAGAUGGAACAACUAAGGCGACGGUUAGCUGCAAUGGAAUCGCUGAAUGAGGAAAAUCAUCAGUUGAGAAAGUAUCAGGAAGAAAAUCACACCUUGAGAGCUCAGUUGAACUGCACACAGCAAGAAGUAAUGACACUUCUGGAGGAUAAGCGGAAACUGCUGGAAAGAUUAGAGAGUUACCAAGUAGGGAAUGGAACCGAAAGCAGCUUUAGCAAAAGAUAGCAGGAGUGUUGCUGCUUUACUUGUAGCUGUACGCACAGUAAAACGCAUCGAUAGAAUUUGCUUUCGCUCCUCAGCCUACCGAGUGCCAUCGGUAAACGCUGCUUUGUUUCUUGUUAUGAAUCCACGUUUUGUUAAGUUUUACCUAGAUCUAAUGACUUUGCCUUCCAGCAGGGUUUUCUAUUCGUUUCAAUUUUCACUUUUUUUGUCCGAUAAUCUGGGUUUUUUUCGUCAAAUCUCUGUCUAUCAGGGUGUCUACCGUACGGAUGUGCUGAAAAAGCACUGACGGUACGAAAGUACGAAAACUGUAAGAUUUCUCCAUGAAAAGAUAUGGAUGUACAGGUAUGAGAUUAAAUUUAAAAAUAGCCUUAUUAAUAUGGUAUACAAUUUCUCUCUGGUUUAUAUCUCAUGUAAUUUCUCUUCAAAAUCUCAGUUUGAUUCUGUAUGUUUCAGUACAUUCGUUCAGCAUUCCUAGAAUUCAUUCUAUGAAUCCAAAUUUGUGAACUAUUCACCCUAAAUGUCAAACUAAUUAUCAAUUUGUGCCUGAAAAGAAAAUGCUCUCCCUCUCAGAAUAAAAGGGAGACGUGUAAAUGAACAGAGGGAAAAAAUUAAUGAAAAAGUAAGAAUUGUAGGAAACCCCUGAGUAAAGAAAUUUUUAGGAAAGCGAAGAAAAAUAAAGAAAAACUAAAAAUAAACCCAGGAUUUUUAUGAUGAGGUUCUGGUAGACACCUUGUUUACGAAGUAAGCAAAUUUUGUCUGUUUUGUCCUAUCCGAAAGGGAACUGCUUUAAAGGGCCCAAAUUUUGUUGGCUACAUCAACCGCAAGUUUUGAAACCUCACCUUCUAAAUUCGACUUUAAGUUGGGAAAAUUAUAUUCUAAACUCAAGCUGUAUGCAAGUUAAGAUUUUUUUACAGCAGACUCGAGCCAUCCGUAGUUCCUCGACUGUGCAAACCAUUAAUCAGCGAUGGAAGAACAUAAUUGACUUUUGUAUCGCAACUUGCGGCUGACUCCAAACCUGCCAACAAAAUUCAGGCUCAGUAAUGUAAGCUUUUAUAUGUGCAAGUUGAGGAGUCCAACUUGAAAGAUUGAGGAUCCCUCUUUUCCAAUUGCGUCAAAAUGUUGAUGUAAAAUAUUUCUUUGAUUGUUGUUUUGAUGCAAUUAAUGCUGAAACAUUUCAAAUUUCAAAGCAUCACUGUUGCGGGUGACCAAUUGGACUGCAUUUUGCAAUUUGGACCUAUAAAUUCCGGCCCGGUUUAAAAACAACGUUUAUGCCAUUAGUCUCCCUAUGCACAUAAGUGUUUUUUCAGAUGAGCCAGAAUUUAUAGGUCCAAAUUGCAAAAUGCAGUCCAAUUCUUUAAUAGUCCCUCGAGUUUGCCACUGCAUUUUUGUUAUUUUUGGAAUUUAAUUGUUUCAGCCAACGGUUUUUCUUACAUCACCUUUGUUGAUUUGGAUGAAAAUAUUCUCCUAUAAAUCAUUUAAAGGUUAUUGGACAAAAAACAAGCCGCUAGUACGGUGCCUUCUGGUGCUCCGUAGCAUUGUUUCUAAGAUUGUAUGAUUUACAAGUAGAAACUUUAAUAUUGUAUACCCUUAGGAAACUUUGGGUGGUUCAGCAUGAACUGCAUACGAUUCACCCACUGUUUGAAAACAAGUUGAAAGUAUGUAGUACAACAAUAAAUAGGAUUAAACAUUUUUUGGGAGAUUUUUCUAUUUUUUUUAUCAUUAUCUUUUUAUGAGUCUUACCUUUUAGAGUUUGGAAGUAACCACUGUUUCUUUUGUCGUGGUGAAAGUUGUGUGGUGAUGCAAUGAACGCUUCUAUUUUAGCACUUGAAUUGAUGUGUAAAGUAUUUAUUUUACCACUGUGUGUAUUUUACUCAGAAAUCUAGAGGAAAAGAGGGGAAAAAUUUAGAAAUAAGGCCACGACUUUGUGAUAUGUAGGCUCUAUAACUUUCAGAUUUUCGUUUAGGUUGAAUUUGAAAGUGGGCUUAUCCUAGGUAAUUUUGCAUUUUUAUUUUUUCGAUAUUUCUUUUUGAUAGCUUGCAUUUCUGGAUGAUGAAGUCUUGUAUAUAUUAGCUUUUUUUGUUUGUUCUUGAUGAUAGGAGGGACAUUUUGCGAAUAUGUAGUUACAGUUAGACUUGAGGGUCAUCAAGAUUCUGACUGACUGAACGGGUCAGUUUCACUUGUCACAGAAGCGUAUUUUGAUGGUUUAAGGUUGAAAAUUGGAAAAAUUAAUAAUAUUUGUCCGAAUGUUAAGUUUCUACAUUCAAUUAUAACAGAUAUAUUGCCCUUCCAAAUGAAAGGAAAAAAAAGGUCAUCAUGUUUUAAAAUCGUCUCAUGUUUGCUGUGAUUGUAGGAUUGCGAGAUCGGGCAUUUUCUGCCUCUUGGUGACAAAUGUCUUCAGCCUCUUCACUUUUCUUACAGACUUUGUUUUAAUUGAGGAAUUAUUUUCUUGUAUUAAUAUUGCACUCGAGAGCAGGAUGUACUUAGAUUAUUUUCCCCCUCAUUCAGGGAAGCUACAAGACUGUGAAGGAAUUUUGAUCGUAUUUAAGUUUUUUUAUGUUUUCUGAGAAAUAAUUUUUUCUUGACUUGCCGGAAAAUCUAUGAAAGUAUUGUUUGUCAUGUGAACUAAAUCGCUCCCAUCAAUUUUUAGUGAAAAAAUUUUAAGAAUGUAUUUGAAAGUUGUAUUUCCCUCCUGGAACUCUUCCUUUUUUGGCGUUUUUAUUCCAUUGUUUCUCUUGGAGUAUUUUUAAAAAGAGGUCUCCAGUUUCGAUCCCCUAUAUCUUCUACCUUUUAAUUUUUUCUCGGUCAUUCCAUUCAUCAUUGCUUUAAGUUUUUUUUCUCUCAUUCUUUUUUCAAUUGUAGACAGAAUCUCUGUCAGGUACUUUUAGACAAACAAUACUUCUCAUCAAUGUCUGAUUAUGUUCCGUCUUCUUUUUUCAAUUUUUAUUUUGACGUAUUAUUAAAUCUUAAUUUUUUGAUGACAAUGGGAGUGUGGCUUACAAAUUUUAUGCACCCCUAUAAUUUCUAUAUUUUUUCUAUCUAACUUUUUUUCUAGUUUGAGAUUUGUUUUUAACCUCUCAAAAUUCCUAUUGUAAACGAUCAUAUUUCUAUCAAAGUAUUACCUAGUUUCCGUCAAAUUAGCUUAGUCUGUCAAGUUAGGUGCCUGUAUUGUAGAAAUGGACUGCAUUCUGCAGUUAAGAACAAUAUUUUUCGCUCAUCCAUGGAGGCGUCUAUCGGCGUAGGGGAACUAAUAGCACAAAUGCUGUUUCCAAAAUGAGCCAGAGAUUAUGGUUCUAUCUUGCAAAAUGUAGUCCAAAUGUGAACAUUCCCAACAGCACACUAUAGCACAUUUUGAAAGAGGAUGAUUCCUCAAGAUUCCAAAUUAGAAAUACCCCGGAAAAGGAUGCAUGGUUGAUGAUUUGUCUUUUCCUCAUGAAUCAUUUUUUACAAAAGUGGACUUUAACUUGAGGCAGGUGCAGAAUUCUCCUAAGUUUCUGUGUCUGUCACAUUGAACGAGUUAUUUUUUAAAUUCAUUAUUGACGCAGAUUUGUUUGAAAACCUUUAAAAAGUCACUGCAUGAAAAUACGCUGUGAAUAUGCCUCUAAGUUUACCGCUGAUGAAAGUUCUGAGCGAAUCAUUCAUGAUUGAAGUCAUGAUCUCGCUCCUGAGUCCGUUUUCAUUUUUUAUUUUUUAACAACUUUUGUAAGAUAAGUCAGGUAAAUAGGUACAUAGUGUAAAUUAAUCGCAUAUUCCUCCUCUUUUUAUGAUGUUUCUGAUUCAUGUAUCGAAUCAGUUUUAAAGUUUUACAAAUCAGUAUAAAAGUCUCUGAAUAUCUUGUUUUCUUGAGAAUUCAGUGAUUCCUGCUCGUCACUAACGAGAAUUUCUAUGUUGUUGCCUUUUGGUGUUGUUAUAAUGUAAGUUGUUUCUCAAGUUACUUGCUCGCAACCGAGCGAGUCCUCAUCUGAGCUCAAGAUUUUGAGACAUUGGUCCUGGGCCUGCCAGCCAAGUAAAUGGAUUUUAAUCAUAAAGAAUUUUCUUCACAGUCUUUCAACGAAUUGAAAUUUCAGUCAUAAUCAAUUUUUGAAUGUCAAGUGAUGGAAUCUCAAUUUUUCUGCUAACGAGAAAGAUUAUUGUCGGAUAAUUGCUUUAAAAUUUUUUGUAAUGCUAGUGGAAUUUGUUUGUAAGUUCUGAAGGCUAUUUAGACGGAUCUAUCCAGAAUGAGCCGAACUUUAUUAAACAUUGCCUAAUUCCUCUCACGUUUCGAUGGCUAAAGUGCGAAACAUGUAUCUUCAUCGCAGUGUUACAAAAUCUCCACUCCCAUUUUAUUUUUUUAAGGAGAAACAAGUCAAAUAUACAGCUUGAAAUUUCUACUGUAUAUUCUGCUAAUAGAAAAGGAAAACAAAGGAAGUUUUCAAUAAAUUUUUUCUCCUGUAUUAAAGGAGGUGACUGUUUUUCGUCCGUUCUACAAGAUCUUGUGGGCAAAGGAGAGACUUUGCCUAGUUUUUCAAAUACCUAACAUUGCGGAUUGCACCAAAUCUGUCCAAAUCUUGUGCUACCUAAAUUAAAAUUUUACCAACAUCACAGCUCUGGUUUUUAUAAUUUGAAAGCCUCAAUUUAUGGCCUCCUGCCCUCUAUUUUAAAUGUACUGGGUGAAGAAAAUUUUCAAGAGGCAAUAAUGGAGCAAAAUUUAUAUCCACUGACAGGGUCUAGGUACAUAAUUCUAGGGCGAAACUUGUGUGAUUGUAGAUCGAUCAGAAGAGGUAAAAUUAAGAUGCACAUGUGAUAUACUUUCAGUUAGAUCAGAUUUUUACCUGAGUGUGUUUGUAAUUAGUUUUUUGUAUGUAUAUUUUUUCUUGUUGAUAUUUCAUCAGGUGCUUCAAACUUUCUUAUUCCUUUCUGGACGUCAGUUUUGUGCCAGCAUUUUCAAGCUGACUUCACGGUUUGCUUGUAUUUCCUACUUUAUGAGUGGUUGUAUGCAUGUUCAUCUUUUCUAUUUAAGCAUUGUUCAGUUUAUUGUUCGAAGCGUUGUUCAUAUGUAGUAGCAAUUUUUAUGAUUUUGAGCACUGAAGAAAUCGAAGCAUGAACUUUAAAUGCUUCACUAGAACUCACAUAAAAUUGGUUGGCCAACUUUUAGAUCUGCUGCUCUCACUCCUGAAUUAAAACUUAUUAGAGCUCUCGUCAAAUAAGUUUCCGCACUUACAGGCUGCGACAGAAGAUUUACCAUCUUGAUUCUUCCAUUUACUUUACAUGUAAGAAAGACAUCAGAAGAGCUUCUGUCGCAGUGUAAAAGUGCGUAAACUUAUUUGGCGUGGACUUUAGAUAAAAUAUGCAAAAUGGCUGUUUAUUGAUUGCCUCCAAGAGUUGGCGAACUAAUUCGGUAUGUGUUCCGCGAAAGCGUCAGUUCUGCCGAUUUUAUCCAAAUCCUUAGUGUUGCACUUGUGUUCUUCUCUAGUAUCCUCUUCAUUAUUGAAGAAUGUAUUCCCUACAACUAUUGGGAUUGUUUUUUGAUCAUGUUCUCACUAAAAUUUAGGAUGACUUCGUACCUAGUCGGUACCGAUCCAUAACUCAAUUUCAAGAUUAAGUUACUCGUGUCUUGGACAAUUUUUCUUAAAAAUCAAUUCCUUCAAUAAAUUUCCCUUGAAAGAUCUUGUUAUCAUAUUAAUCUGUCUCACAGAAAUAAAAAUUAGCGAAUAUUCCUUGUUAAUUCCCCGAUGACAGUUAACUAACAUUUAAUCAUUUUUAUAAGAACUUUGGAAUCUCCUUUGUUGAUUACCUGACACAAUGCUUGAAGUAAUCGUAAAAUUGAUACAGCGUUUGAAACAAAAAUUAGACUCUACAGAUGUAGAUGCACUUUUAUGUAAUAGUUGAUUUUCUUGUUACCGAUUUCAUUUGCCGGGACAGACUUCGUUUUUUUUCUCGAUCCUAGAUGUCCAAGUCGCACUUUUUCUACGUUAAGUAUCCUGUUGACUUUUUUAUUUCUGCUCCAAUUAGUCGUAUAAAUGAGUCUUUUUAUCUGUUUUCCGAUUGUAUUUCAUAUUUUACUCUGAAUUCAUGUAUCCAACCUGAAUUUUUUCUAUUUUUAAGACGAAAUUGUUAGAUACGUGAAUCCUUGUUGAAAAUGUCGUGCUUGUUUUGGAAUUCUUUUGCUCUGUUCCGCAAGUCAUGGCGUUUACAUUUAAAGGAAUUACAUUCCUUCAGAACUAUACACAUUUACUUUCAGACAUACUAGCUGAAGGAUUUUAAGGACGAAGCAUUUUUUUCUUCUUUUCCAUUAGACGGAUUCAAUAGGGAUUAGCCUAACCACAUCAGAUGUUGCCUAAUUGUCACUCAUAUUUUAUUUUUCAAACUGGGAAGGAAUUUGAAAUUUUUUUAUUAUAUUUUUCAUAAUCUUGAGUGAAUUCACCGAGAAUCUUAAGGCGUUUAAUUAGUUUAGUUCUUAGUUGGAAAAGAUAAAAUAUGAGAGAAAAUAAGGUAGCGGGAAAUGCAAUUCCAGUUUAAUCCGUCCAAUAUCUCUGUUUUCAUCAUAUUUUUUGUCUUAUCUCAUCGUAAGGUAUGAAAAGCCCUAGUUGUUAUUAAUCAAGCAAAUUUCUCCUGAAUUCUGGCUGAACAGUCCGGCAAAAAUUCGCACAAUCAGUUAUGACCUCACUGUGAGGUUUCAGAGGUACAAUUUUAUAGGAGCCAUAUGAAGAGAAUGCCUGUGCGAGGGUGUCUUUGAAAAAUAUUUACUGUGGGUAAAACUCAUUUAUUGCUUUAAGAGAGUAGCCUCGCGAAUUUUAGCCUUUAAUUCCAAAUAAAAGGGUCGGAUGAACAUGAAAUGAUGAAGGUGUGUUUCCAAAGAUGCGCUCAUGCUGUAUAAUUAAUUUUUUAAACGAAGAUCAAUUUCACGAACACCCUCCUACCAGCAAACUUUUCAGUUGCUCCUUUAAACAGACUUGAUGGAAGUCGCAUUGGGAUUUUUCAUACCGACAAAGCAUCUCUCCAGAUAUACCAUGUAGUUCUGAGACAAGGAAUCUACAUUUGUAACCAUUGUUGUUCCUUUAAAAUAUUCCAACUGAAAUUGCUAUUAUCUGCACUUGCAGUUAUGUAAGUAGAUGAUCAGUUUCGUAAGUACUGUUUUUACCUAGGUUCUAUAUUUGAUUCUGUGUUGAUAUUAAUACUUCUUGGGUAGUUUUCAUAGCCAGUGGACAUGCAGUGAAAUUCCUAACUCUUUGCAUUAAUUGAAAAAUUGUAAGGAUGAAAUUUGUUUAUCGGUGUAGGGUCUGAAAAGAAUGAGGUUUUGUUUUGCUCAUUUUUAGCAAUUUUAUGCUUUUCAUGCACUGAAUUUUCAAUUUUAAAUUAAUCAUUCAUCAUACAUUUUUGUGCAAUUUUCAGUCGAACGAUUCUCCUGAGAAUUUACUAUGUUUCACAUUAGAAGUGGUGCAACCAGUUUCUAAGAUUUACGUCAAAAGUGAGGUACAUAGGAAGUUUCAUUUUCACUUAUGAGGUUUUUGCCUUCCAAAAAAGGGUUUUGUUUGCCUUCAGUUUGGAAAAUUGAAAGGUCUGCAAUUUCUCUAUAAUUUCACACUUGUUUGUACCUUACUGGUUCCUUGCUUAUCUUGCCUCACUGCACACAUAAGUGAUCAUUAUAAAACUAUUAUACAAGUUCUGGAAGUCUUUAACAGUGUCACUACAUAUAUUGUCAUGUAUAAUGUUUGUUGUUUAUCUUUUUUAUCUAAUUCUUUUUCUUUUUGGCUCUCAAAAUAUUUCUUGUUAUGAUUUUUACUUGGCGUCUCUAAAUAGAAACAAAGUGCUCUUGAAAAGUUAAAAUCUUUGACACACCAGAAAAAAACUCUUGAACUAAGAAACUUUAACAUCAAAUUCACAUCAGUUCCGUGUAAAAUGCCAGAGAUGUACAAAGAUCUGAGAUAUGUGAUAAGGCCGAGUUUAGUAUUCUAUUCUGUAAACAUACAUGUACUUGCCCUGGUUUUUUAAACUUCAGCUACAGUCUAUGUAAGUGGUUGGCUGACGAAGCUCUUGGAAGUGCGAAAUGCCAAGAGACGCACAGAUGUUCACAGAAUUAAAUGCUGUAGGUUGUGAAAACUAGAUACAUCUCUGGUGUUCAUAAUAAGACCUUCAGAGUACACUUUAAAACUUCCUCUAGAACCAUAGAACUGGGAAGAAAAUUAGAGUCAUUUUGCCCUAAGUCUACAGACAAAUGUAAGAAAGUUUCAUUAGCAUCGUCAAUCUUCAAGAUCUUUUUGAAACUACAACAAAACACUGAAACUUGAGAUAACUUUUUUAGCAAGUCUACUGUAUGGGUGCGUAACUUACAACCUUCCUCUACAGGUUUUAGUGUCUUGUACUUACUGGUUUUUGCAAUUAUUUCUUAUUCUGCAAAGCUCCAUCUUUUAUCUCGGUAAAAUUCUAAAUUAGUCUGUUUUUUGUAUACUUCAUGCUCCAAAAAUUUUGCAUCCGAACAUAUCUUUUGAGUGCUUCUUAAUCUUAAUUUCUUCCAUUCAGUUUUUGCCAAAAUGUAUUUUUUCUUUCAUUUUUCAGGGGUAAUUGUUAUUUCUUGUACCUAGAUUUUGUACAGUAUCAAGCGCGACUCUUCUAAGUAUCUUAUUUUGUUUGUUUAGAACAUACAAUCAUGAAAAUAAAGAUUUGUUAAAAAGUUAUGGUUCAAAA